AUGAGUUUAAGCAAUAACCUACAACAUCAAUUAAAACAGGGGAAUGCGCAACAUAAUCAUCAUCACCAUGAUCUUAAAAGAAACAGGAUUUUGGUGCUUGGUAGACGUGGGGUCGGUAAAUUAUCUUUGAUUAAAGAUAUCAUAGCUAAAUCCACAACAACUUCAGCAAUAACAUCACAAGAGGAAACACCAGCAUCAUCGACCUCAACUGUCGAAUCUAGAAAUAUAACUGAACACGAUGAUCCAAUUCACUCAGGCCUCACAUUGCCAUGGCGUAUCAGCACAAAAUAUUAUACAGCUGACGUACAAUUCUGGAUCGAUGAAACUGUCAACGAGGAGUCAGUCGAUCCUAAAGUUUUGGAGACGUAUGAAUCGGAAGAGAGUGGUGUUGGUGGUGUCGUGGAUGCUGUGCCAUCCACAUUCAAUGACAUUCGAGCAUUUUUACCGUUUAUUGCACGUUAUGAGCCGGCAAUUACUUUGGCUGUUGAGCGAAUUGGUAUCGAUCGAGUACUCGAAGCAUUACAAUCACAUGUGUGGGACGGAAUGACACGAAUUUCUAAAGUUGCGUCUGGAUCGCGAUCUAAAUUAUAUUUUAAUGUUGACGGUGAUAGUGGAAUCAAAGAUAAUGAUGACGAAUAUACUAACAUUCAUAGUAGCUACAGUACUGUCAAACUGGGAAAUCCUGAGCUACAGUAUAAUCAAGAGUUACUGGAAGCAAUUUCCAAAUUAAAGAUUGGCACUGAUGAUAAUAAAAAAAGUAAAUGCAGUGGACCGCAAAUACAACAAUAUGAGGAUAAUUCUGACACGGAAUUAUUUCAAGAUAUUCCUAAUCAGAAAGAAAUCGAAACCAUGCACCAACAAUUAUUUGGUGAUAUUGAUCGUGACGAUGAUGAUCACGAUGAUAUCAAUUUUGCUUUGAAUGGGAAUGGAGAGGCAAGUGAUGGACUGGAAAGGGUAUUGUUUCGUUUGACUAGUCUACGAGAAAAAACCAAAUCUUUGCCGGAUAACGAACGUAGGAAAUUGGCAGCUAGCGUUGCUUUUUCAUUUGGGAUGCAGUUGGGAAAUGAUUGA